GAAAGCUAGACAAUAUAUAGUAAUUUUUAAUUUACUCCAUCUGCACUUCACGAAUGAUAAAUAUGAAAUGUGCUGUGGGUGUGUGACAGACGAUUUGGGACAAGAAACUUAAAUAAUAAUCUGUAGUAUCUGUCAUGCAUACCACCCCCGUGGCCGUGUAUAAAUGAGCGGUAAGAAAGGGGACAGUUGUGGUGAUGGCGUUUCCUUGUCACCCUGAUAAGAGCAAGAGCAAGUGAUGUCAGCUAAGUGCUCGAGACAGUGAUCUCGCGCUGAUGAGACGAACGACUGCGCGUAAAAUGUGACAGUGCCGUCACGCAGUUAUCUUUGAAUACAUCUGCUGUGUGCUUUGGAGAAAAAGGUAAACUACAACAUCGACUCACUGGCGUAAGUUUGCUGUAAGAUUUUCGCGAGUGCUGAAUAGGAAUCGACUCUGGGAGGGGUUUUGUCUUAUUCUCUGCUUAACGAGCUCUGUAAUGUCCUGUUAAUUUUGUGUGUACUAGUUAAUGAGCAUUAAUCGGGUACCCCUGGAUGCUAUUGUUCUGGGGAUGGCCAUUUGAAUGCAAAUGGGUGACAUUGUAAAAGCAAGGUGCUUAUUAAACUGGUGCGUGUCCUGGCUUCUCUGGAAUUCAGCAGGAGAGGACGGGGCGACUGGUCGAUGCUCACACCAAGUUCGGUAAAAAUGGCAAGUUCACUCCCUCUGGAAACAGUCAUGUCCUGCCCGAGACUAGACGACAGGAGCGGGGCCACGGCGGCACCCAAGUCCCUGGCUUUUUCUAUAGACAGAAUCAUGUCCAAUACUUCGGAACCGAAAGGCGCCACGGAACAGCGCAGAGGACUGGAGGGAUCAGAAGGGAAGAAGACGGUCGGCUUGUGUACUCCCAUUCCCUGUAUGAUCCCAUUACAGCCGUUCAGCUACGACCUACAGGCCAAGGCUUUAAUGAACUAUUCCGAGUUUUGGAAAGUUAAUUUCAGGGGAGCUCUUUGCACUUCAGCGGCGAUGUGUAAAGCCAAUUGUGGCGUUUGCAGCAAAUCGGAUUCAAGCUUAAAACACUCGGUGUUGCCAGGAACAAGGGUCAUCAAACCACAGGUUAUACAUCAAGCGCUGACCAUGCCCACCAACGGAUCGUUGUGUUAUUUCAACUAUCUGGACUCUGCUUAUCAUCAGUCCGAGUUACUGCAUGGACAUUUACUUUCCUCGGCAAUUGCGAACUCACAAGCACAAGCCAUAAGCGCGCACCAGAAGCUCCUCUUGUUGGAGAACGCGAAACUUGCAUGCGUUUCACCCGAAAAAUUCCCUACGCCCCAAUACCCACAUAAAGAACACCUGCCUGGACAGUUGGACCAGAUAGUUCGGGAUAAUCACAAUUUGACGGAGAAGAAUGGAGUGAAAGCGCAUAGUAAAACCAAUAACUGUUCUGCUGACGGGAAACCCAAGAACUUCACCUGUGAAGUUUGUGGAAAGGUUUUUAAUGCGCACUAUAACCUCACGCGUCACAUGCCGGUACACACAGGCGCAAGACCGUUUGUGUGUAAAGUAUGUGGGAAAGGUUUCCGCCAGGCAAGCACGUUGUGUAGACAUAAAAUUAUUCAUACACAGGAGAAACCUCAUAAAUGUAACCAGUGUGGAAAGGCUUUCAACAGAAGCUCGACGUUAAACACACACAUACGAAUUCACGCCGGAUAUAAACCAUUCAUCUGUGAAUUCUGUGGAAAGGGAUUUCAUCAAAAAGGGAAUUACAAGAAUCACAAAUUGACUCACAGUGGCGAGAAACAGUACAAAUGUUCAAUUUGUAGCAAAGCCUUCCAUCAGAUCUACAACCUCACAUUUCACAUGCAUACGCACAACGACAAGAAGCCUUUUACCUGUGGAACAUGCGGGAAAGGUUUCUGCAGGAACUUUGACCUAAAAAAGCACAUACGGAAACUACACGAUAAUGCCAACUGUUUAUCUGUCGGAAAUGAUUCUUCCAGAGGACACCAGAAAUAAGACAGCUUUUAAAUGAACUUGGACAACUGAUGAACCACUUGAUAUUUGUGAACAACUUCCAUUGAACGCAGAUAAACGAGGCGGGAGAAAUCACAUCAUCGAGGAAUUGUACAUAAACCAGAAUAAAAUAUUAUUUAAUAAACACCCUACCACACGGGGCUAUCAAGCAAUUAUUUGUAGAUUAGAUUAAAACAAAAGUGUUUUAUAAAUAAAUGCAACAUAUGUGUAAAAAAAUUGUUUGAUAAAUUUGUAAAGUUGCUGACAUGUGUUGACGCAGUGAAGCGAAUAUAAAAUAAAAUCGUAAUACUGCCACAGUGUGUUUUUAUUCGGAAAUGUUUUAAAAUGUACCUAUGCAAAAAUUUUUAUUUUUGGCUUCCAAAAUGUUUUUAAAUAAUUCGAUAAUUUUCCUUUAAUUUUUGAUUUUUUGUUUGCUAUUUUGUAGGAAUUAUAAUUAAUUGUAAGAAUUACAAAAUACUGGGUCUGUGAAGUUUUAGUUUACAUUUGUAUUUAUAAACAAAAAUAAAGUUGAUCAUAUAAAACAGGUUAAAAACCUUAUAAAUUACAUAUACAAAAACAAUAAGUAUGAUGAUAAUUUCAAACAAUAAAUAGCCACAAACUAUUGAUCUAACGUAUAAGACCCUUCAGUCCACAUUAUAAUCUUAUAAUGACAUGUCUGGUGGAGUUCAAAGCCUGUGGUUUCAUUUAGACAUUCGAUACACGACUCUGCCUCUGUGACCGUACACUUGACUUCAGUUUAAUGGCUCAAAUUAUCAGAUAAAACAUGGACUCUUGAAAGCCUAUUACGUUAAUCAACUAAAGAGCCUCAUGGGAAGCGUCGGCGCAUCAAGUCGUGUUCAUCAGAAGGUGGAAAAUGGACUGCACUUCUCCCACAUCUCCUCAUCAUUGCAGCUUUAAUAAACAAUCAUGUAUUCUGCUCACGGAUCCUGGAACAAUAUUAUCCUUAUAUACACGCUAUCAGAAAUUUUGAUGAGACAAGCGCGUGAUCUCAAAUCUCUGUCUCCCAAUUACAGCUCAAUUAGCAAUUAUGCCCACGUCCUGGGACCAAGAGGAAGACUAAUAUUGCUAGUUGACUGGCCUAUUCAACUCCUUAGAGGCAAAAUCCCAAAAAUGUGUUUAACCAGAAGUGUCUUUAUUUCAUUCAACUGCACCUAGGCGUGAUUUUAUGAAUUUAGAAAUAAUGUUUUAAUGUCUCGAGAGCUUUACAACCUGCCAUACAUUGCAUUUCCUACAUUUUAUAGGUUACUGACUUAAAUUUGAAUGAUUUUAGAGUAAACUUUUUUGAUCAAAAAAUAUAAAAUAUUACAAUAAACUACAAAAACAUAUUUUUGUUGAAUAAGUUUUA